UUUGUUGUCAACAAGUCACGAAGAUGGAUGUUUCGACUGUGGUCGAUGACAAUGGAAAUGCCAUGUCUUUCAAACAAUAUAAGGGAAGGAGAUUUCACCCUUCAAUGGUUGGUAAUAUUACCGACACCCUUGUCAAUAUAUCUUCAUUCAGCGUUCUAGAAGACGAUGUACUGCUGUGUUCAUACCCCAAAUCAGGUACUCACUGGGUAUAUAACAUGAUCCUGAUGCUGCGAUACAAAUCUCUCGAGUACCAUGGAUCACCAUUUCUGCUUGAAUUCGACGAUUUAUCACUUAUGAGUGAACUGAACUCGAAGAGAACUUACGGAACCCACUUGUCCUACCCAUUCAUCCCUGAAGAAGUGAAGAAAGGACAGGCUAAAGUGGUCAAAGUUUCGAGAAAUCCUAAGGAUGUGGUGUGUUCUCUUUACGAAUACCAGAAAAAAAUUGACAACCAGCUGUAUAAAGGAGAUUUCAACGGAUUGCUUAAAUGCUUCCUGUCGGAUGAAAUUCCCACGUGUGGAGCCUCGUGGUUUACUCAUGUAAAGGAAUGGGAAAGCGCCAAGAAGAUGAAUCCUAAUCUUAAUUGUCUGAAUCUACGAUACGAGAAUUUAAAACGGGAUUUAUUUCCAAAUAUUGUCAAAUUGGCAAAUUUCCUUGAAGUAGACCACGAUGAGAAAUUUCUAAGGCAGGUGGAACAUGCAGUGUCGUUUGACAACCUGAGAAUUGAACAUGAUACACCAAAAGGAGGAACAACAAAAUGUUCAACUUGGAUCAAGGAUGGGAGACUUCCAAUUUAUCGAAAAGGUAUUGUCGGAGAUUGGAAAGAAACACUGACAGUGCAGCAGAACGAGACAUUUGAUGCUGUAUUUAAGGAGAAAAUGGCUGCCAUGUCUAUUGACCUCGAUUUCGACUUUGAGUAAAUGUGACCUGAAUACCACUGAGCAUGACAACGUACUUCACUUCCGUUGUCCAAAUAAAAACCAGCACUCAUACACCCAUGCACGCAUUUAUGAUACAUACGGAGGUUCGUCCUUAAAUGACCUUUGCUGUUGAUAGGAUGUUAAACCCUAUUUAUCCAAACAAACCCAAACAAAACAAAAUCUCCUUCACAAACACAAAAUGCUUGGAAAGCCCGAGGUGUCAAAGAUUGAUAAAAGAAGAUUUCGUUAUUUUACCGUUUGCAUGUUAAAAGAGUGGGUUCACGUAAAACCUACGAAACAGUACGCAGAUUAAGAAAGAUGUGCUAUAUUACAUAGGAUUGUAUUGUUACAAAAUGAGGAUCAGUUUUAUUGUCAUACUUGCCACUGUUUAACAAUUCGUGAUUGAAUGUGUUGAUUUAUAUUUUUAUCGAAUGGCAAGUUUUAAAAUGUAAAAUAUGUUAAAAGUUUCUUAAAGAUGCUGAAACAUUUUCUGCUUCUGAUGUUUUGCAAUAUUGCGUUUUGAAUCUGUGACAACGACCCGUUAAGCAUAGAAGGCUCUUCAAAAAUGAGCAUCGAUAAUUAUUCUGAGAACAAAAUAGUCUUGUGUCAUCACUGGUUUCUUCCUUUUAUUUAUUUAUCUAUCGUGUUGUACUAGUUGAACGUAAGGUAGUAUGUCCCUUAUAUCAAGCUAUAUAUU